AUGUACUCAAACGAUAUUGAAACAAAUCGGCAAAUCAAUACUCCUAGCCAUGAACCCUUAGUCCACCCAGUUAAUGGAGCGUCGCCGGAGCCUCAAGAUAGUGAACCGAAAGAGUUUGCUGAAGUCAAGAAAUUGAGACGAGGUUUAGCUCAGAGACAUAUUCAAAUGAUUGCUUUGGCUGGAACAAUCGGGACGGGUCUUUUCUUAGGUUCUGGGAAAGCUAUUGCCAGAGCAGGUCCACUAGGAGCAUUACUCGGAUAUACUCUUGUGGGGAUACUUGUAUCUGGCGUGGUUCUUUCUAUAGCUGAAUUAAGUGCUCUUGUUCCUCUAAGCGGAGGUAUUAUACGUCAUGCCGAAUAUUUUGUCGAUCCCGCUCUUUCAUUCGCGAAUGGUUGGAAUCAAGUAUACAGCAACAUCAUUACUAUACCUGCCGAACUCGUCGCCGCUGCAGUUUUGAUUCAGUUCUGGGUCCAAAUCAAUAAUGCUGUCUGGAUUAUAUGCUUCGGAUUCCUGUUGGUCAUUAGUAAUCUCCUUUUUGUGCGGGUAUAUGGGGAGCUUGAAUUUACAUGUGCGAUAUUAAAGAUAAUGCUCAUAGUGGGAUUGAACAUUAUGGCACUGGUCAUUACUUGUGGUGGAGGACCAAAUGGUGAAACAUAUGGCUUCCGAUAUUGGCGCAAUCCAGGGCCGUUUGUUGACUACCUAGGAUAUACUGGCGCCUUGGGAUAUUUCAUGGGCUUCUGGACCACAUUCUCGAAUGCAGUAUAUGCCUAUUCUGGAGUUGAAAACUUCUCACUUGCAGCUGCAGAAACGCAAUCACCUCGAAGAAAUAUUCCUAUCGCUGCGAAAAGAAUCUUGUUCCGAGUUAUGUUGUUCUACGUGCUUUCGAUAUUUAUGAUCGGUAUGAUUGUACCAUCGAAUGAUAAAGAGCUUUUGCGAUCGACAGGAACAGCAGCCCAGUCACCUUUUGUUAUUGCAGCCAAUAAUGCAGGAAUUAGAGUUGUUCCUUCAAUCAUUAAUGCUGUUGUUUUGACUAGUGCUUGGAGUGCCGGUAACGCAGCUAUGCUUGGUGGAUCUAGAAUGUUAUAUGGACUUGGUCAACAUGGACAUUCACCAAAAGUCUUUCUCCAAACUAAUCGCUUUGAUGUGCCAUACAUUGCUAUCGGGUUCCUCAGUCUUUUCAUUUGCCUUGGAUUCCUAACACUUUCGAGCUCUGCAAGUGCUGUUUUCAACUGGCUCCAGGACUUUGUUGCAGUUGCCGCUCUUGUCAAUUGGAUGAUUAUUUGUGGCGUAUAUCUAAGAUUCUAUUAUGGAUGUAAAAAGCAGGGAAUUUCUCGAUCGACAUUACCAUGGAAAGGGCCAUUUCAACCAUAUGCUGCAUGGAUAGCUUUGAUCUCGUUCAGUAUUCUUCUCUUGACAGGUGGUUACUCCGUCUUUAUCAAGGACCAUUGGAACACAGAAACUUUCGUUUCAUCUUAUAUCAACAUUCCCCUGAUUCUCAUUCUAUAUUUUGGUUAUAAAUACAGGCAGGGAACUGAGAUAAUUCCAUUGUCUGAUAUUCCAAUUCAAAAGUUUAUUGAUAUAGCGAACGACAAUCCAGAGCCAGAAGAGGAAAAAGUUGUUGGGUGGAAGAGGCUAAAUAUUUUGUGGAGCUAG